GUGCGCGUGAGCCCCGUAGGGCCGGGGAGGCACCAGCUGCCGCGCGGGGAGGAGGCCGAGGCCGCAGCUUGAGGGAGGCCCCGGCCCCUCUGCGCCUGUGUCUGGCAGAGCCGGUGUGAGACCAAGAGACAAUCCUUCCCAGCCGCCGGGAUAAUCAAGAGUUUUGGCCGGAACUUUGAACACACACCGAGAUAGUGAAGAGCCAGACGAAAAGCACAGACUAUGGCGCUGAAACGGAUUAAUAAGGAACUUAGUGAUUUGGCCCGUGACCCUCCAGCACAAUGUUCUGCAGGUCCAGUUGGGGAUGAUAUGUUUCAUUGGCAAGCCACAAUUAUGGGACCUAAUGACAGCCCAUAUCAAGGCGGUGUAUUCUUUUUGACAAUUCAUUUUCCUACAGACUACCCCUUCAAACCACCUAAGGUUGCAUUUACAACAAGAAUUUAUCAUCCAAAUAUUAACAGUAAUGGCAGCAUUUGUCUCGAUAUUCUAAGAUCACAGUGGUCUCCUGCUUUAACUAUUUCUAAAGUUCUUUUAUCCAUUUGUUCACUGCUAUGUGAUCCAAACCCAGAUGACCCCCUAGUGCCAGAGAUUGCACGGAUCUAUAAAACAGACAGAGAUAAGUACAACAGAAUAUCUCGGGAAUGGACUCAGAAGUAUGCCAUGUGAUGCUACCUUAAAGUCAGAAUAACCUGCAUUAUAGCUGGAAUAAACUUUAAAUUACUGUUCCUUUUUUGAUUUUCUUAUCCGGCUGCUCCCCUAUCAGACCUCAUCUUUUUUAAUUUUAUUUUUUGUUUACCUCCCUCCAUUCAUUCACAUGCUCAUCUGAGAAGACUUAAGCUCUUCCAGCUUUGGACAAUAACUGCUUUUAGAAACUGUAAAGUAGUUACAAGAGAACAGUUGCCCAAGAUUCAGAAUUUUUUAAAAAAUGGAGCAUGUGUAUUAUGUGGCCAAUGUCUUCACUCUAACUUGGUUAUGAGACUAAAACCAUUCCUCACUGCUCUAACAUGCUGAAGAAUCAUCAGAGGGGGAGGGAGAUGGAUGCUGAGUUGUCACAUCAAAGGAAGCAGCAUUAUUCUAACAGCAUCCAUUCUUGUUUAAGCCUUCCACUGUUAGAGAUUUGAGGUUACAUGAUAUACUUUAUGCUCAUAACUGAUGUGGCUGGAGAAUUGGUAUUGAAUUUAUAGCAUCAGCAGAACAGAAAAUGUGAUGUAUUUUAUGCAUGUCAAUAAAGGAAUGACCUGUUCUUGUUCUACAGAGAAUGGAAAUUGGAAGUCAAACACCCUUUGUAUUCCAAAAUAGGGUCUCAAACAUUUUGUAAUUUUCAUUUAAAUUGUUAGGAGGCUUGGAGCUAUUAGUUAAUCUAUCUUCCAAUACACUGUUUAAUAUAGCACUGAAUAAAUGAUGCAAGUUGUCAAUGGAUGAGUGAUCAACUAAUAGCUCUGCUAGUAAUUGAUUUAUUUUUCUUCAAUAAAGUUGCAU